AUGGCCAUUUCUGCUGUUGAAGUAUUGAGAGAAGCUGUUGAUAUCGCAGCGAUCUCAGCUGAUAUCAUUGCAAAACAAAUGUUUCCAAAGGCGAUACCGGAAAACCAAUGGCAUGAACAUGUCAAAGAAUUUCUGACUAAUUCUAAUGAUGGCUAUAUCAUGGUUGAAACAUCGACCGAAGAUAUGAAUAAAAUCGAAGAAUUACUUGAAACACCAAAAGGAUUUUUCUCAACUCCGUAUAUGAUCAAAACAAAAUGUGAGCAUUGUCCUAACUGCCAUCGUCAAAACAAUUUUCUAGACGUCGUGGCAACUGGUCUCAAAGUUCACAAACCAAAAUUUUUGGUGGAUGUUUUCACGGGAAAAUACGGUCAUAUUGUCAAUGAUGCACCUCAUCAACGAUGCUUUUGUUAUCAAUGUGGUAUUUUGUUGCCUAACGAUGCAACUAAAUUUUCAGCACCGAAGAAACCGACAGAUGAACAAAAAGCAUCAUCUUCCUAUUUCUUCCCCAUAUACACAUAUCGAUUUUGA